AUGGCAGAGAACCAGACAGGCGAGCUUGUGGCUGUUCAGUUCCGCGUCGUUCUGGGACUGGGAAGUAAGCCGAUCAUCUCCCCCGUCGUCGGCCGCAGGUUGCCCGUCCCGAAGCUCUCGUCAUACAAUCCCGCUUUUCAUUGCGAGGAGUGCGAUGGAGGCGUUGUGGAAGUGCGGAUGGAUCAGUAG